CGUACCGAGAACUACUCACAAGCUCACUAGAACCUCAUAGUGCUUGCAUCUAUCGGCUUAUCAGAAACAUGAGAGAAAUUGUCCACGUCCAAGCAGGCCAAUGCGGUAACCAGAUUGGUGCCAAAUUCUGGGAAGUAAUUUCAGAUGAGCACGGCAUCGAUCCCACCGGUGCUUACCAUGGAGAUAACGAAUUGCAACUUGAUAGAAUUGACGUCUAUUUCAAUUCUGGGAGUGGUGGGAAGUAUGUUCCGAGAGCUGUUUUAGUCGAUUUGGAACCUGGUACCAUGGAUUCCGUUAGAUCUGGACCCACUGGUCAGCUGUUUCGUCCAGAUAAUUUUGUUUUCGGCCAAAGUGGUGCUGGAAACAACUGGGCCAAAGGUCAUUACACCGAAGGAGCUGAAUUAGUUGAAAGCGUUCUCGAUGUUCUUAGAAAGGAAUCUGAGGGAUGUGAAUGUCUACAGGGAUUUCAGUUGACCCAUUCUCUGGGUGGGGGUACGGGAUCUGGUAUGGGAACCCUCAUCAUCAGUAAAAUCAGAGAGGAAUAUCCAGAUAGAAUUAUGAACACCUUCUCAGUUGUACCUUCCCCCAAGGUUUCUGAUACUGUUGUGGAGCCUUACAAUGCCACCUUGUCCGUCCACCAGUUAGUAGAAAAUACAGAUGAGACUUUCUGUAUCGACAAUGAAGCUUUAUACGAUAUAUGUUUCCGUACACUAAAACUGACGACUCCCACAUACGGUGAUCUCAAUCAUUUGGUAUCCGCCACCAUGUCCGGCGUAACAACAUGUCUACGAUUCCCUGGACAAUUGAAUGCUGAUCUCAGAAAACUAGCAGUUAACAUGGUGCCCUUUCCACGUCUUCAUUUCUUCAUGCCCGGUUUUGCCCCACUUACAUCAAGAGGCAGUCAACAGUAUCGAGCUUUGUCGGUACCAGAACUGACCCAGCAGAUGUUUGAUGCUAAGAACAUGAUGGCGGCCUGCGAUCCUCGUCAUGGACGAUAUUUGACCGUUGCCGCCAUCUUUAGAGGUAAGAUGUCCAUGAAGGAAGUAGACGAACAAAUGCUGAACGUUCAAAAUAAAAACUCGACAUAUUUCGUUGAAUGGAUUCCUAACAAUGUAAAGAUUGCCGUUUGCGAUAUUGCACCCAAGGGCCUGAAGAUGUCUGGAACUUUCGUUGGAAAUAGUACUGCCAUUCAAGAACUUUUCAAAAGGAUCUCUGAACAGUUUACUGCUAUGUUCAGAAGAAAAGCUUUCCUCCAUUGGUAUACGGGUGAAGGUAUGGAUGAGAUGGAAUUUACAGAAGCUGAAUCUAACAUGAAUGAUUUAGUAUCUGAGUAUCAGCAAUACCAGGAUGCUACAGCUGAAGAAGAUGUUGACUUUCUGGACGAAGAACAGCCAGAAGAAGAAGCUUAAUCGGAUAGACAUUUCCCCUAUAUUUCCGGACACUUCUCCUAUAAUCACACGAGUGCUGUUACAAUAUGAGGCCCGAAUGGUGUGCCGUAAAAUCAUUUUUUUUUUAUAUACAUGCGCCUAUUUGUUAUGUUUGUACGAAUGCCUUUCUGUGUUAUUCUUAUCUAAACUCUCCGUUAUGCAAUUAUUAGUAACAAAACAUUUUAGGAUAUAAGAUAAACACAAGAAUAUUUCAAAAAAAUAGAAACUGAAAAGAACGAUUAUAUCUUCAUAUUUCGUGGUAUCAGGUCUUCGAAACGUCGAGUAGAUUAUGCUGAUUGAGACGGUGAAAUGAAGAUUUAUAUCUGAAUUAUUGUUGUUGGUGUUGGUUUAUGUUGUAUUGAGUUUCUAUUAAAUAAAAUAGUUUGUUUUCGGUG